ACGUUGGUAGAGGUAAAGUGACUGCAUAGAUAAUAAACAGCGAGUAGCAGCAGUGUACAAAAAUCUAAAAUAUAUAUUUUUUAAACUGAAAGGGGGGAGGGGGUGUCAAUGCAAAUAGUCCGGGUAGCCAUUUGAUAAAUUGUUCAGCAGUUUUAUGGCUUGGGGGUAGAAGCUGUAACGUUUGGGGGUAACGUUAGAAGCUGUAACGUUAGCGCCUGGCUAGCACUAGCAGUGAACUGUCUGAGUGCUACCGAACAAAAGCUUUAAAACAAGCUGAUUUGUAGCGGCAAUCGGUAUUUUAACACGGAAAAAUUGAUUAUCAAGUUCUAGGUAAUUAUAUCUUCCAAUUCGCGUUAUGUUGGCGUGUGUCUGUCGACCUUGCCUAACGUUAGUCCCGAAUCUUUGUUGUUCUGCCUGCGUGCGUGGAAGACUCAGAUUACGAUUGUCUUUUUUUCUCCAGAUUUCCAAUGUGUCAACCACUUAAAAACAAUUUAGAUACUAACUAAACCACUUAAUUGACAUGAUCUGACACGUUUGCAUAUUUGUUGUGGAUAUUUUGGACUCAUUUGGGUUAGCUUGCGCAAAAAUAGUAACCGCAACGUGUCUCGCGAAGGUCAUCGAAUGCACGAUGCAUAUGGGAUAAAGGCUCAGAAGUUCCCCUUCUCUCUUGCCAGUCAAGAUGGGAGGAGCUGUGAGCGCUGGCGAGGACAAUGACGAGUUGAUUGACAACUUGAAGGAGGCACACUACAUCCAUUCGGACCUGGUGGAGCGGGCCUUCAGGGCCAUCGACCGGGCCGACUACUACCUGGAGGAGUACCGUGACAGCGCCUACAAGGACCUGGCCUGGAGGCACGGCAACAUCCACCUAUCAGCCCCCUGUAUCUACUCGGAGGUGAUGGAGGCCCUGGACCUUCACCCUGGCCUGUCCUUCCUCAACCUGGGCAGUGGGACUGGGUACCUCAGCACUAUGGUGGGACUCAUACUGGGUCCAUUUGGUGUGAACCAUGGGGUGGAGUUAUAUGCUGAUGUGAUUGAGUAUGCCUACCAGAAGCUAGACUACUUCAUCAAAACCAGCGAAAGCUUUGACAAGUUUGAGUUCUGCGAACCUUCCUUUGUGGCGGGGAACUGCCUGGAGAUCCCCUCUGAGAGCAGGCAGUAUGACAGGGUGUACUGUGGGGCGGGGGUGCAGAGAGACCAUGAAGUAUUCAUGAAGAACCUGCUGAAAGUGGGGGGUAUUCUGGUAGUGCCCUUGGAGGAGAAGCUGACCAAGAUCAGGCGUACAGGCCAGAGCAGCUGGGAGACCAAAAAGAUCAUUGCUGUGUCCUUCGCUCCCCUGGCGCUGCCCCAACAAAACACCAACGGUGAACCCAAGAUCGUCCCACUACCCAUGUUUGAGGUGCGGACGCUGCAGGAGCUGGCUCGUAUAGCCAUCCGCCACACCCUGAGAGUGACCACGGACAACGGGGAGGGUCAGCCACGGGGUCAGGGCUCUUUUGGAGGAGGCAGGGGCCUGGGGGUCAGUGGGCUCCACAAGUACGGCCCACGUUUUAAACGCCGGCGUGUUCACCGCCGCCACUGCACCUCUGUAGUGCUGGCACACAAGCGUGUGGUGAGCAAUGCUGACCCCACCCCUGCUCCCCUGGACAACAACAACAAUAACUGCGGGGGGGAGGAGGAUGGGCAGCGAAGGGUAGCCCGGGAGGAGGAGGAGGAGGAGGAAGCAGAAAAGGAGACAGGGGAGCUACUCCCAGCAGAGCCACCUGUAAACAUCCUGAGAGAGAGGAUUCUCCUUUUGCCCCUCCCGGAGCCUCUGAAGAUGUACCUGCUGUACUGCCGGGAGAAAUGACUUCUCCACAGAUACAGCACCCAGCAGAAACCAACAACAUCUGUCUGGGUCUCUGUUACUGACUGGGUCUCUGUGUCUCUGUUACUGACUGGGUCUCUGUGUCUCUGUUACUGACUGGGUCUCUGUUACUGGCUGGGUCUCUGUUACUGGCCCCUGACUGUGUCAGUAACAGAGACCCAGUCAGUAACAGAGACCCAGUCAGUAACAGAGACCCAGACUCACUGUUUCUUACUCUUUUCCUGUCACUGUAAGAAGGAGACAUAUUUGACCCGUAUGGGAAAGGUUUCACCUUGGGGAUAGAAAGGUGUCUCUAGGUUCUCUGGUACUCAGUAACUUAGCUUUCUCAAUGGUGCAGAUGUUUUAGACAGCCAAACAGAUCAAUUAUGUUAAUGGAUUUUUGUUUCAGUAGUUGCGAAUUGAGGAUCUAUGUAAUUUAACUUUUUCACUCAACCCAACAGAAGUUGUUUCCCCCUUAAGCUGUGUGUGAGAAUGGAAUACAUUAUAUAUUCUGUGCUGAGUGAGCCCUAGACCUAUGGUGGUGUCUGUUAUCUGGUUGGAAGACAUGGCUCUACCUAUUGGACAUCACCUGCAGCCACAUGUCCCAGAGCACGUUGGUCCAGAUCUUCUGUACUACGAGAGACUGGAAGAACCAUCUGAGAUUGCUAUCGAGCCUUGUGCUUCAUAAAUGGAGAGACUGGGGGAGAAGAUGGGAUAGUGUCAGAGUGGAGGAGAAAGUUUGUCAUUUAAGUAGUUUCCAGAAGCCAGAGAGAUGUUUGACCUCUGAUUAGAGGUGGUAGAGGUGUCUGUUGAUGAGAGGUGGUAGAGGUGUCUGUUGAUGAGAGGUGGUAGAGGUGUCUGUUGAUGAGAGGUGGUAGAGGUGUCUGUUGAUGAGAGGUGGUAGAGGUGUCUGUUGAUGAGAGGUGGUAGAGGUGUCUGUUGACAUGCCUGUGGUUUAGAGACACCUAAACGUGAUAUUAUUGUUUGACUCUAUUUUGUUAGCAGACUGGCAGUGGAUAUUAGGUGUUUCUUUGAGUUAACUUUCUUGAGAAUAAAUGCAGGAGACUCUAUGAUGCCAUGAUCAUGUCCAGCAGAUGUUUCAGUUUGAACAUGACAAUCAGACUAGGGAUGAUCAUGCUUCUUCCAUUAUGAUGGAUUCUUGUAAAUGUAUUUACUUUUCCCUCUAAAAUGGUUCAGUGCCAUUGUUAAUUCAGUCAGUUCUGGAAAAUAAUUGAAAUUUGAUUCAUAGGUAGAUAAAAACUGGGAUUUAUUUUUUCAUUAGUUGAAUUUCAUUACCUUCUAAAUUAAUUAAGAAUAAAUUAACUCCAACCCUGACGUGUACAUUUAUCCAAAGCUGGUCUUUUGGUUUACUCUGUAAUCAAUAGUGAAAGUUAGUUUACAGAGGAUCAUGUUUUUUUUCUUCUACAUAAACUAUAUAUACAAAAGUAUGUGGACACCCCUUCAAAUUUGUGGAUUCAGCUAUUUCAGCCACACCUGUUGCUGACAGAUGUAUAAAAUCAAGCACACAGCCAUGCAAUCUCCAUAGACAAACAGUCAGUAGAAUGGCCUUACUGAAGUGCAGACUUUCGUGCCACCGUCAUAGGAUGCCACCUUUCCAACAAGUUAGUUUUGUCAAAUUUCUGUCCUGCUAGAGCUGCCCCGGUCAACUGUAAGUGCUGUUAUUGUGAAGUGGAAACGUCUAGGAGCAACAACGGCUCAGCCACGUUGGGGUAGGCCACACAAACUCACAGAACGGGACUGACGAGUGCUGAAGCGUGUAAAAGUUGUCUGUUCCCGGUUGUAACACUCACUACCAAGUUACAAACUGCUUCUGGAAGCAACGUCAGCACAAGAACUGUUCGUCGGGAGCUUCAUGAAAUGGGUUUCCAUGGCCGAGCAGCCGCACACAAGCCUAAGAUAACCAUAUGCAAUGUCAUGCGUCGGCUGGAGUGGUGUAAAGCUCGCCGCCAUUGGACUCUGGAGCAGUGGAAACGCGUUCUCUGGAGUGAUGAAUCACGCUUCACCAUCUGGCAGUCCGAUGGACAAAUCUGGGUUUGGAACAAUACCUGCACGAAUGUAUAGUGGCAACUAAAGUUUGGUGGAGGUGGAAUAAUGGUCAGGGGCUGUUUUAUAUGGUUCGGGCUAGGCCCCUUAGUUCUAGUGAAGGGAAAUCUUAACGCUACAAUGACAUUCUAGACGAUACUGUGGCAACAGUUUGGGGAAGACCCUUUCCUGUUAGAGCAUGACAAUACCCCUGUGCACAAAGCAAGGUUAAUACGAAAAUGGUUUGUCGAGAUCGGUGGGCAAGAGCUUGACUGGCCUGCACAGAGCCCUGACCUCAACCUCAUCUAACACCUUGGGGAUGAAUUGGAAUGCUGACUGCGAGCCAGACCUAAUUGCCCAGCAUCAGUGCCCAACCUCACGAAUAAUGCUUGUGGCUGAAUGGAAGCAAGUCCCAACAUCUAGUGGAAAGCCUUCACAGAAGAGUGGAGGCUGUUAUAGCAGCAAAUGGGAGACCAACUCCAUAUUAAUGACCAUGAUUUUGGAAUGAGAUGUUUGACGAGCAGGUGUCCACAUACUUUUGGUCAUGUAGUGUGCCAUGCCACUGCUAUAAGCCUGGAAUGACAUAAGACAGGAAAUGCAUGUAGCUACUAUGUGUGCUGUCAAAACAGCAGAGAGAAAAAAGAAACCUUUCAUUUCUGACUGAUGCCAUUUUGUUGAUGUGUGAAGGUUUAUCUUUUUGCUUGUUUAGUUAUUAUACAUUGUGUAGUGGUCAUCUGCAUAUAAAUACAACUUUAUAUAUAGAUAUAUUCUUUAGCUAAUACUUGCUACAGAUAUACCUUAGUUACAGACUGGAUGUUAACCUCUUGCCUCGAUUCAACAUUCAGAUAAGUUCAAAACUUAAGUCAGCCUCUGGUGUCACACCUACAGUAUGUCGCAUGAAAUUGGCAUUUGAGUCAAAACGAUUCUGAUUUGUCCUUUUAAUAUAACGCUUUCACAUUGAUUCCAAAUGUUAAGUGAUAAAGCUUUACUUGGCCAGGCAGACUGCUUUGUUCAUCCGACUCAUAGCACGUGUUGUGAUCGUGUACAUAUUAAUACUGUGGUAGAAUAUGAGCGAUAAGGUCUGAAGUCUUUCGAACCAGUCCUUAAGUUCUGUCAAAUGUAUUUGUGUUGUACUUUUGCACCGUGUUUUAAGGAUGUUAUUUUGGAAUUUGAGCCGUACUUUUGACUGCUGUUAAUAAAGUCCGUUUAUGCUAAA